GAUUGAUGGAUCCAACGGCUGACAACGCCGGCUCGUCCUGCAAGUACCUGGGAGGCCGUUUGGUAGCAGCGCGCGAAUUUUUCUAUCAAACGCCGUCCGCCCGACGGCCGGGCAGCGGUAUAAAUUCUUCCCCUGUUCUGCGCCCUUCCCGAGGCUCAGCGCAACUGAACGCGUCUCGCGUUCUCAUCCUCCCGCACAGCUGUCUCUCUCUCUCUCUCUCUCUCUGUGCAACCCACGGCUAACCAAACGAUUCUCACCCGGUGCCCGUCUGUCUCUCGUUCUCAUCCUUUUCAGCAGUGGCUUUCAUGCUUAAGCGACUUGGUUUUAAUGAGAUUGGAGUUGGGUUGUGUUCACAAGUUGCACGGAGAUUCUAUUGUGGUACAACUGAGAUGAAGAGCAAAAAAGAUAUAGAAAGCCUUGUUUUGAAGCAGUAUAAGAAUGGUAGAUUCCACAAUCUUGUAAGCAAUGUGAUUGCGGUCCCUAGCAUUCUAUUUGCUGCUUGCGAGAACCUAAGUGUGGGUAGAAAAGGUGGAGAAUUGCGCCACUUGUUGUUUUGCUCUGAAUAUAGGGGGAUCGAUUGGAGAUGGAUCGAGAACACAUGUCAGCAACUGAAAGAUGGUAACUUUAAUAUGGACUUACACUGUGUGAGGAUGAUCCCUAUUAGGAUAAAGGGGGAGUCUCUCGCUCUUCCCAAUUUAAAGUUAAAAGUUGUGAUUGAGGCUAUUCGAAUGGUUUUGGAGGUUAUCUAUGAGAAAAGGUUUAUGACUUUUGCUUAUGGGGGUCGCGUAGGGAUGGGGCGCCACACAGCUGUUAGAUACUUGAAAACAUCCGUUGAUAAUCCAAAUUGGUGGUUUCGGCUAAGGUUCUCGCAUGAGAAGUUUGAUGAUCUGAGAGUGAAGAAGUUGAUAUCAAUUAUGGAAGAAAAGAUCUCCGACUCUUUGUUGAUGGACCUGAUCAGCAAUUUGUUUCUAUCUGAAGCAGUUUGUAUUGAAUUUGGUGGCUGUUAUAUGGGAAAAGGUCUUUUACAGGAAAGUGGGCUGAGUGCAAUUCUUGUUAACAUCUAUCUGAAUGGGUUAGAUAGAGAAAUUCAGAAUUUGCGAUCUCAAAUUAGCAGGGCAAGACCGGGGUUUGAAUUGGUUGGUGAAAUUGGGGUUCAAGCACCAUCCGGUGUGAAAGAUUGGGUUCGGGAACAGGUAACAUAUAGGGAUUCAAAGGGCUUAGACAAUAUGUUUUACAAACCUGUGAAAUUAUUUGCAUGUAGAUAUUUAGAUGAUGUUUUAGUAAUAUGUUCUGGAUCAAAAAUACUUACUAUGAGGGUGAAGGACCUGCUAGUUGAAUUCUCAGAAUGUAGUUUGGGGUUGAAAAUAGAUAGACUAAACACUGCAAUUCACAGUGCUGUCUCUGAAAAGAUAGAAUUUCUUGGCCUAGAAUUUCAGGUUGUUCCUCCUUCUGUGCUGCAACCCCCAUUGUCUGAGAAAGCAAUCAGAGCAAAGAAGAAGUACAUCAAACAGCGACAGGCAAGAGCUAUGGAGGAAAGGAAUGCACUGGAGACAAGAAGAAAGAAGUUGGGGAUGAAAAUAGUCAAUCACGUUUUUAAGAAAUAUAAACGAAGUGGUGGUUUCAAAGGUGAACCAACUGUGGCUCCUGUAGCUAGAGAAAUGUUUGGAACUUGGGCCAAAGAAGUAAUUCAGGAAUUUUUGGACUCACCUGAUGAAUGUUGGGAGUGGCAUCACAAACUUACCUCUGGCGACUUUCUACAUUCUCAAUCUGUUAGAGAUCUGUUGCCACAAGAUCUUCUUGAUGCUUAUGACCAAUUUCAAGUGCAGGUGGACAAGUAUCUAAAUCCUGAAAAAAUGAAGGAAACCUUGACAGAAGAAACACAAUUAGAAGAUGAAUAUAUCAGAUACUCCAAGAGGACCGUAGAUGAUCUUACAAAAUUGUGUAUGAAGGUUGAUGCACCACUGGAACUGAUGAGAAAUUCUGUUAAGCUGGCAAGAUUUACAAAUGCAAUGGGUCGUCCCCGGCCAAUCAGGUUGCUUAUUCCUCUAGAAGAUGCUGAUAUCGUCAAGUGGUAUGCUGGCAUAGGGAUGAGAUGGCUUGAUUUCUAUUGCUGUUGUCAUAACUUUAGAACAGUCAAAACAAUUGUCAAUUACCACUUGCGAUUUUCAUGCAUCCUGACCUUGGCAGAGAAACAUGAAUCCUCCAAACGUGAUGCUAUCAAACAUUAUUCUAAAGAUUUGAAAGUUUCUUCUGCAGAAGCGGCUGAGGAAAUUUACUUUCCUAUCGAAAAUGAUAUUAAAAUGAUGGGUGACAAAAAUCUUUCAGACCCAAAACCUGUAGAUGGACUUUUAUGCAUGGCUUUUGUUAGGCUGGCAUCUGACGAGCCUCCAAGUUACUGUGCAGCUCAUUUCUGUAAUGUGAAAGAUACUGUUGCAUAUCGAGUGCGGUUGCUUCAAAGUCGCCUUAAUAUCAAUCCAUUUGAUGAGAAAAAGUGGGUUUCUGGGGUUGCUGCCACUCAAGAAAGCAUAGAUCGCAAGUGUCUUCCACUGUGCAAACAACACAUAACUGACUUGUACUUGGGCAGGAUAACUCUCCAGGAUGUUGACUGCACUUCAUGUUUUGGUGGGCACUGAUGCAUAGCUAAUGCAUAGGAGCAUGAAGCCCCAUGCUUUCAGCUGCUAUUCUCUUCACCCAUCAAUGGAACAGCAUGAUGACACAAGAGUUUGUUUAUUUGUACCCAUUCGUUUCAGGGCAGUUCUUCUGUCUCUAGAUAGCGGCAGAUUUUCAUCAUGAAGUGUCCACUACGACCUGGACCUUUAGAUUUUCAUGGACGACAUCUCAUGAAUUUGAUGAUCAUUGGGCAUGCAAGCCAAGUAAACCAAAAGAUAUACCGGGUGUAAGAUUGCCCCGUCUGUUUGCUUGUGGAGCAAGUAGAAAGCUCAAAGAUACACUCUUGGUGAAAUCUUUGGUGCUAACGCAUUAUUUUUCCUGCUCUCUGUCCAUGCUGGAUUUGCUUGGGGUAUGCUUGCGCGAAAACAUAGCUUAGCAUGUUGAUAUCUUACAUCUACGUUCUUGUCUUACAUAAUCCUGAAGGAGCUGCAUUCUCAAUUUGAAAGUAGAAUUAUGGGAGGCGAUGGCUGUUUCUGCAAGAAACUGGUACAUUUCGCUUCAGGGCUUCAUCUACUGGAUGGCUUUUCAUCGUCUAUCAUUUAUAUCAAUUUACCAGUAAAUGGCGAAUCCAAAUUGGGUUGUAGCAUAUGCAUCAAUAUUACCAAUUUUACUCUAAUACCUUAAUGUUGUGUCCGCAAAAUUUUGUCUUACCUCAUUGAUUUACUUUGGAACGACUAUAGGCCACAAUCAGGUACAUUGUACAUCAGAAAUGAAGACUAUUUCAGCACUUGGGUGUAACAGCAGCAACAUGAUUGGACCCACGUCUAUUUGGAUCAGGUAAAUUGUAAUUUUGGAGUGUACGCCUUACAGCUGGGCCUUCCUCAGACCUGUAGUAAAAUGUGCUUCUCCUUUCCAUAAAGAUUAGUCAUCGGCUUAUUAUUAUUAGAUUAUUAA